AGACAGCGAGCCAGACUAAAUAAGAGUAUUUAAAAGUUGUUUUGAUUAAUUUAGAAAGAGACAAAGCUGUCAGAGUCGACACAGGCUUCCUGGAUACAAGUUUUAAUCAUCAGCCUCAGCAAUGGAAGAGAGAGAAGGAGCUGCACCACUAGCACCUAUGGAAAUCCUUGUACAAGACCAGCAGCUUCCACCUGCCCAACCUGUGCCCACGCCUAAUCCUGCAGAUGAUUCACUGACAGAUGAACCUCAGACCAGAGCAGACUUCUUAAGAUAUUACUGUCACCUCACCCUGGACCCAAACACAGUGUACAGAGAGAUUGUUCUGUCUGAGGGGAACAGAAAGGCGGAGCUCAUAUCUAUAGUCCAGGACUACCCUGAACACCCAGACAGGUUCUCUCACCUCUUUCAGGUGCUGUGUAAAGAGGGUCUGACUGGACGCUGUUACUGGGAGGUGGAGUUUGAAGGGUCUGUUGAAGUAGCGGUGGCUUACAAAGAUCUAGGCAGAUCAGACUAUUAUCACGAGUGUGCGUUCGGCUGCAACGACAAAUCCUGGAGUUUAGACAUAAACAACAACAAUAGAUGUUUCAGACACAACGACGAGGAGACUGCGGUGCCGGAGCCUCGGUCCUCCAGAGUCGGCGUGUACCUCGAUCAUAAGGCGGGUUGUCUGGCCUUCUACUGCGUCUGUGACACGACGAUGCAGCUGAUGCACAGAGAAGAAACAACGUUCACGAAGCCGCUCUACCCCGGGCUGUGGGUCAUAGAGACCGCGCAGCUGUGUGACCUGGAGUAGAGGUCCAGCCAAAAAGUGUCAUGUGAUGCCGUCUAGGGUGUCUUUCCAGUGGAUAAAACGCGAUGCAGUGCUAUAUAGGCUGCCCUACAUGCUAGAAAACUUUCUGCUCGCUGGUGCCCCAUUGCAAUCAGUUGGUGCCCUUUUUAUGUUUUUCGCCCCUGUCCCUCAGACAUUCUGAGUCCACCACUGCAUGUCAGAAAAUUAUGACAACCCAAAGAUUUGAUUAAAAAAAAA